CUGACUUUUUGUGGAUUUUGACCGCUCACUUUCUGGUCAGCAUGGCGCCGUGUUGACUCAAGAGGGCCACGUCGUUCCCUGAGCCCUCUGCAGAAUGACUUUUCAUGAGUCGGAAAAUGGCGGCGGAGAAAUUGUGUUGCUGAAAUCGCAGCUUGGUAGGGCAGAUUGCGAACUGCGCUGGUCAGUCUUUAGACGGCUGGCAUUCAUUUGCAGCACGUGAAUUGAUCUUCUGUGGCCAGGUUUCUUGCAGCAAGUGUGUUGGAGGGAGUUUCAGAUUUCAAAAGGCCUGUUCAGAAGGACAUAUCACAAGUUUAGAGUUGAAUUUAUCUGCGCCCGAGCCGCUCUUGAAGACAACACGUAGACAGAGGGUUAUUGCAUGUUGUUAGUUGUUAUUUUGAGCUCUGGAAGCAGUUGGGAAGCAUCAUGGCUUCCCGGGCCGCGCUCAUGGCCCAGGUUGCCCCCACAACUUCUUACCUUGGGCGGUCGCAGAGCGGGAGCUUCACAAGCACCAGCAGUGCCAGCUCUGACAGCAUGCCCCCUCUCCGGAAGCACGACUCGCUGCGGUCAAGCUUUUCUGGCCGGAAGCUGCCCCCUUCUCUGAGCUUAGACAGCAUUCAGCGCUCUCCUCUGGACACAGCUCGGCGAAGGUCCGGCGUACAUGCAUCUGCUGUUUUGUCCCACUACAGCAAGCCUGAAGCCAGCUUCCCCUCCACAUUUGUUUCCGACACAGCGUCCGUUCCGUCGCCCAGAUUUGACAAGUGGCUUACGCAAGCGGCAGGAGAGAUCGUGAGGCACUUAGAAGAGGCGCCCUUUUUGCACUACGUCUUUGACGGGAAGUCAAAGGAGGGGGGCCCUCAGUUCCACCAUGUUUCUGAGGGGGUCGCAUCCACUUCAGGGGGAUGGGACGAGAUCCAAUCGCAGGUACAAGCGGUGUCGCCUGACGGAGUUAUCCUAGUUCAGAGAUUAGGAGUAGAAGCAGCAGCUGGUUGCUAUGGAGAGGAGUAUGCGGAGACUAGUGAGAACUGCGCAAAGCUGGAGGGGUGUCCGUAUGCCACGGGGCCCAGGACGGACGUGUGGGGGCUUGUGGUGCAAGGAAGGCGGAAUGCGAAGCAUGCGUGUUACAUUCUGAAGACGACGCGGGCGGUGGGUUGCAGCCAUGCGUGCACGCGGUUCAGCUUGACACGAGCAAAGUGUUUCGGACCGUCGCUGCAUAAGCAGCUGGAGAACUCGUGGCUAGCAAGCUGAGGGUUGGGACAACCGAAGGUUUAGUCUGUACAUCUUGACUAGGACUGCAGGAGUUUGCCAUCAACCAUUCUUUGAGAUCAAACGCAAAGUUGUUAAAAGAUCGUGGAGAGCAUGCAGCCACAUGGCCAGAGGUUUAGGAGAGGAAGUUCGUAUUGUGCCAACAAGUUAGCUCGUCGUUAGAUCAAAACCGAGAAAUCCAGCCAAUCAGAUUUGUUUGUAAAGAGUGGAGACUUUUGCUUAAUGUAGUUCGGCUUUUGGAUCAAAUCAGGAGUCCUUUGCUCAUCAUACGUGGAUCUCAAUCACUUAAACCACCAUUUCAUGGCCCAUGACUCAUUGAACCAGUG